UGUGUAUAUAUAUAUUACAUUAUUCUUCCUAUAUCUUAUAUACCAAUAUAUAUUACAUUAUUCUUCCUAUAUCUUAUGCAGAUGUCAUUGGGGUUAUGUUGCAGGAGGACUUUAGGUUGUGGUCUUAUCCUGAGUUGACAAAAUAGAAGACACACAGCUUUUCGGGCAGAAUGGCAGCGAAGCGGUCGGCAUUCUGUACUAUAAUGUCGUGCAGGAAGCGUGAAUUGGCUUUCAGAUGCUCCAUCUGCACGGUGGCUGCUUGUAUGAUGCUGGGAUGACAGUCACAAUAUGUGCAACAACGAUCCAUCGUUGUCAACAUGUCGUGACACACACUUACCACUAGGAGGCACUGUUGUGUUGAUUAUGUUGUACUGUAAUGUUCAAAGGGCUUUGGAUUGUGUCCUUUGCCGCUAUGCUGUCACAAAAUACACCGAAUACAACAGAAUACGUAUCAAAUAUGCCAAUAAGAUGCAUUAAAAGAACGUCACCGAUAGCUUUGUCUCUUACCGUGCUGAACGUUGCUGAUACAGUCCAAAUACUAAUUGCCAUUCUCGUCAUACAAAUACUGUCCUCUGACUCUAAGAAUCAGCAAGACUACCUAGGAAAGACAUAAUGCACCCAAUUUACAUUUCAAUGUAUUCAUACUAUAGCGGCCCUGGUUUACAAGCGUCAAGCGUUGAUCUUCUUCAAGUCAUGCAGUUACAUACCCAAUCAGUUUAUUUUGCGUUGCAAGAGGCUCUUAUUUACUGAAUGUUUCCAAAGCCACUCUCCACUGCUUUUGGCUUACUUUAUAUUACUAAGUUAAAUGGAACUACAGACUCGAGUUGUAUUUUCCGCUAUUGGCAUUACGUGCAUGUGCAUUUUCAACUACGCAUGCGUCAGUCUAUUUGUAGGCAUUACUUGUGGAGUAUUUUCAAGAAAUGAAGUGUCUGUCUUUUGGUAUAAGGGGAAUCUAGCAUUUUCGUUAUUUCCCAUGCAAAAACUGGAAUAAUGCUAUUGUUAUCAUAGUUCAUAGCACCCUUAUCAUCACAACAACAACAAAAAUCUUCCAAACUACACUACCCAGAGUUCAAAACAUGUUUUUGUAGCGCUGGGAUCUCCCGGGCACACGCUGUAGUAUUGGUAGAAUACAUGUUGCUGGCAUAUUAUCUCUGAAAAAUGCAUGUACUCAAUGUUUUGAUCUUAAUUUUUUUCUUAAGAAAACGUUUUUGUCUUGUUUUCCAGAACAUCGCCCUCGCCUCCCGGACGGUUAUACCAAAUAUAUAUGUGGUUAUACGCUAGGUACUUUCAGCAGGAUGCUAGUUUUUCAUAUUCCAUAAUCAAAAGCAGAACGUUUCUCAAGUUGAAGAUGUAAUUUUAUUUUUUGGAGAAGAUAUAGAGUUAAUUCAUAGAUGGAUUGUGAUACAAAAUAUUUGGUGUAAUAAAAAUACACGCAUUUAGACGUUUCAACCACCCCUUUUUAAUGGUUUCUUCCUAUGACUAUAUAUUCGGUGCAAUGCCAUAUUCUGUCCGGUGCUGCUUUCGGUUGCUAAGGAGACGCGGUGGGCAGUGAGGUUGGAAGGGUCUGUCUGGCCGGUUGAGGUGCGGAGGGGACGCCACAUACCUCGCCAGGAGUCUGACAGCCUGACAAACACCCCAUCCCCUUCCUCUGCGAGCCGCCAUGGUGACACUCAUCACAGAGCAACUCCGCAAACAGAAUCUGGAGGAGCCCCCUUACCACAGGGCCUUCUCUCUCAACGUGUCAUUGCCUGAAGUGGGUUCCAGCCCCACUGUGUGUUGGAGUGAGUGUGGGUUGACUCCAGAGAGUAGUUGGUCUAUGUUCCCAUCCUCCAAGACCCACCUGCAGGAUGCCUCUGUCCUGUCCUCCCUGGACCCACUGGGAACACCUUUCCCUCUCCCCAGCACAUCUGUGACAGACCUGUCCCUGCAGAGCUCUCCGCCGCCGCCUCCCAAACGACACUGUCGCUCCCUCUCUGUCCCUGAGGACCUGUCCCACUGCCGCAGCCCCUGGCGCCCCAGCGCCUCCAAGAUCUGGACUCCAGUCAAGCGCCGCUGCUACAGUGGAGGGGGUGUGGCCUGCAUGGGUGUUGGCUCCUUGGUGGGUUCCGUACCCCUCCGAGGCCCCAGCUCCUCCCUCACCUCCUCCCUACACUCCUCCUCCAGCCCCACCUUCUUCAGCCUGGCCAUGUCCCCUGACUCCCCUCUCCCCUGGGGCUGUCCCUGGGACCAUAACGACCUGCCCAGGGGGGGCUGCACUGGCUUCUUCCCCGCCCCCUCCUCCUGCUCUUCCUCCCCCGCCUCGCUGGGUUCCUGUCGGCCCUUGCUGCAACGCCGCUUCUCCCUGUCCCCUGUGCACAUCCUGCCUCCCCGGCCCUCCCCCUCUCCUGCUCCCGAUCUAGUCCCACGCUACCCUUCGAUGGAGCCCCCGGCCCCAUCUCCCUCAGCCUGCAGUUCCCCGUCAUCCUCGAGGCGUGACCUACCCCCCUGUCUCCCACGCUGCCACUCUCAGCCCUGUGACCUGCGUAAGCCCGGCCUGAAGAGACGCCAUGACGCGGACACCCUGCCUUACUAUUUCAGGCCUGGCCUGGACUUCAGCAAGAUGACUCCGAUUCGCAGUGGGGAGCCCCUGGUGUGUGGAGCAGCUGUCUACAUGGGGCUAGAGCCUGUUCCAGGGGACUUCAGAGGAGCCUUCUCCCCUGCAGACCUGGGAAGAACCAGCAUUGGACCAUUGAGUGAAAGUGAGGAAGAGGAGAACAUAAAUAUGGGUGCGCAAGAGGCCGGGCAGCAGAGUGUGUUUGAGAGAGACUGCACAGAACUGGACUUGAACCUUAUUGAGGAGAAUUGAAAGUUUAUUGGUGCUCUGUGUGUGAUUGACAGCAUUCAUCGUCAUAUUCACAUUACACCCCGGCCGAGCCCACAGGAACCUGCUGCCUUCGAAGGGGCCACAUUAGGGGCCCUUCAUAUCACUGGCUGACUAUAGGUUAUGGAUCAAUUUUACCAUUAGUGUAAUGCUAGAGCAACUUUGACAAGCUCACAAUAUUCAGCAUUUCAGGACAAUGAUGUUCUGCCUGUCCAUACUCUGUGGGUAAAUGUGUAUACCCAGAAACACAAUGGAGAUGGAUAAGACGUGGUGAUUUCUGAAGGUCAUACUAUAAUAGCCGCUUUCUAAUAAUACGGGUAGUAACGCUCUACCACUACUACAAUUAUAAAAAUGAUGCAGUUUGCUUGCGAUGGACACUCCUGUCGGCAGGAUACAUUACCGAACGUAUGGCCAGUUGAGUUGCCGAAGGCCCCCUGAAAAGCCUUCACACAUCGGCUUUCAUGGGUGUAGGCCGAAAGCUCUGACGUGUUUGAUUUGGCCGGGUGGAAAACCCACACACCUGUAAAGGGAAUCAAGGAGGGACCCAUGUGCUUUCCUCAUAGCUGGCAAAUGUAUAUUUUGCUGCUUCUGUUUCCCUUACUACUUAGAUAAUGCAUUCAUUUGUUCUCCACAAUUGGCUGAAUUAAAUAUUGUACAUUAAUCAUGUACAAAGCAGGUGUUUCUGCUUUCAUGGUUUUUGUUCAUAACAUCUUGAUGUUUUCUUGGUCUCCCAUAGAAAUGGAACCUAUAUAGUCUGUCCAUUCUGAUUCAGUUCCCCACUAAUGAACAGAUCACACUUGCACUGUAAUAGGAUUUGAAUAAUUGACUCGAUGCUGCAGUUGGAUCCUUUAGGGCACAAUGUAAUGUACUGUACAGUGGUCACCUGUGGAAACCAUUUUGUGUGAGUGGAUGACUGUUUAGAUAGGCAGCUCAGUUUCUUUAUCUUUUUUUUUCAAAUAGUUUUUGACCAAUCAGAUGUUUUCACGGCAAUCUUUUGCAGAGCUGAGUUGAUUGGUCAAAAUACCAAUUAGUGAAAAAAAUAUCAGAAUUUGGCUGCCUGUCCAAACGCAGCAUUAGCGUGUGAGAAGGAACCAGUAGAGAUGCAGAGGAUUGGUGGCCUUUCGAGAGAUUAUUUUUAUUGUAUGUUUUCAGAUGGAAAUGUCUAUUUACACUUUGUGUACAAAUAAAGUUUAUUAGAUUAAUUUUGCAAAAAAAUCA